AUGCCUGAGAUUGCCGAAGUCGCUCGCGUCGUCCAUUUCCUCCGCAUACAUUUAACUGGUAAGACCAUCAGCAAAGUAAUAGCUCCAGACGAUAGCAAUGUAUUUGGGAAAGUCGGGACGAGCGGCCCAGCAUUUGAAACGGCCCUCACCGGGAAGAAAGUCGUAGAAGUCGGGAGUCAGGGGAAGUAUUUUUGGAUGGUACUGUCUAAACCGCCACAUCCGGUUAUGCAUCUGGGAAUGUCUGGUUGGGUUCAGAUCAGGGGCAUACAAACAGGAUAUACACGUUACAUCGAGAGGACAAAAAACGACAAAGAGCAAUGGCCUCCCAAAUACUGGAAGUUCCAGCUUGAGACAGACAGCGAUCCCAAAGUAGAAGUCGCCUUCACCGACUUCCGCCGUUUCGGCCGCAUCCGUCUCGUAGAUUGUCCCGGAGCGGAAAUCAGAAAGCAUUCGCCUCUAGUUGAGAACGGGCCAGACCCCGUUCUCGACAAAGACGUGUUUACCGAGGACUUCUUGCGGCAGAAGAUGAAGCGUAGACACGUCCCCAUCAAAGCCCUGCUCCUGGACCAAGCCACGGUCAGCGGGAUAGGCAAUUGGGUCGGCGAUGAAAUCAUGUACCAAGCCAAACUCCACCCGGAGCAGUACUGCGACGACUUCGACGACGCGGACAUUAGCACACUAUACAAGGCCAUCAGGUACGUGUGCGAGACCGCGGUGGAGAAAUUAGGAGACUCGGACGAGUUCCCGGAAGACUGGCUGUUUAAGCACCGCUGGGGCAAGGGGAAGAAAGACUCCGCUACUACUCUGCCUAACGGUGACAAGAUUGUCCAUAUCACGGUUGGCGGACGGACAACCUGUGUUGUUCCUAGCGUGCAGAAGAAGAGGGGGCGCGCUGCUGUUGACGAUGUCAAGGAGGAAUCCAUAGAGGCGGAAGUGGACGAUGGGACGGAAAGUCGGUUCUUUAAGGGGAAGGGGAAGGGGAAGGGCAAGGGCAAGAAACAAGUAAAGAGUAAAGUAGAGGUAGAGGCGGAGGUGGAGGAACGUCCAAGUAAGAGGGUCAGGACUACGAAGACGAAGUCGGCUAUACAGAUUAAGAAAGAAGAAGACGAAGAUGAAGACGAGAAGAAGGAGGAGGAGGGGGAAGAAAAGCUAGCCCCGAAGGCGUCUCGGAAGUCGAGCAAGCAGAAGAAGGAAGAAGCAAAACCAGUUAAACCCGAGCCUGAGCUUGGAAGAAGGCGAUCGAGUAGGCUUAGCCGUGUAGUAGCCUAA